GUGAGUCCUUGACAGCUUCUGCAGGCCUUUCGAUAUCUUUAUUCUGUUAGCCAUCUUUGCUAACUGUGUAGCGUUGGGCGUGUCCAAACCAUUCCCUGAGGACGACUCCAACUCAACCAAUCAUGACCUGGAGCAAGUGGAGUACAUCUUCCUGGUCAUCUUCACCAUCGAGACCUUCCUGAAGAUCCUGGCCUACGGUCUGGUCAUGCACCCCAGCUCCUACAUCCGCAACGGCUGGAACCUCCUGGACUUCGUCAUCGUCAUCGUCGGACUGUUCAGUGUUGUCUUGGAGACGGUGACUCAUAAGUCUGGAGAAGUGUCGACCACCAGCCACCACACGCCGGGGAAGCCAGGAGGUCUGGACGUCAAGGCCCUCAGGGCCUUCAGAGUCCUGAGGCCGCUCAGACUGGUCUCUGGAGUACCCAGCCUCCAGAUCGUGCUGAACUCCAUCAUGAAGGCCAUGGUUCCUCUGCUCCACAUCGCGCUGCUCGUCCUCUUCGUCAUCAUCAUCUACGCCAUCAUCGGCCUGGAGCUCUUCAUCGGCCGCAUGCACCGCACCUGUUACUACAUAGGAGCAGAUAACUACGUGGAGGACGACCCGGUGCCCUGUGCGUUCGCGGGCCACGGGCGCCAGUGCCUGCUGAACGGCUCAGAGUGCCGCGGGCGCUGGGACGGGCCCAACGGAGGCAUCACCAACUUCGACAACUUCUUCUUCGCCAUGUUGACCGUCUUCCAGUGCAUCACCAUGGAGGGCUGGACUGACGUACUCUACUGGAUGAACGAUGCCAUGGGUCUAGAGCUCCCCUGGGUUUACUUUGUGAGUCUGGUCAUCUUUGGCUCCUUCUUCGUCCUCAACCUCGUCCUGGGAGUCCUGAGUGGAGAGUUCUCUAAGGAGAGGGAGAAGGCCAAGGCGCGGGGAGACUUUCAGAAGCUCAGAGAGAAGCAGCAGAUGGAGGAGGACCUCUGUGGAUACCUGGACUGGAUCACACAGGCUGAGGACCUAGAUGAGAACCUGGAUGACAAUCACCGUCCUUCGUUGGGCGAACUGUCUGAUAAGAAGAGAGGGAAGUUUGGAUGGUUCAGCCACUCCAAUGAUACUCAUGCAAGUCUUCCCGCCAGUGAAACCGGGUCUGAAACCACAGAAAACAUUGAGGAUGAACACACUAACUGCUGCCAAGCAUGCUGUGCUCAGAUGAUGAAGAACAGCUGCUGUCGGGUGCUGAAGCGCUGGAACAGGGUGUGCAGGAGGAGGUGUCGCGUGGCGGUGAAGUCCGUGUCCUUCUAUUGGCUGGUUCUGCUGCUCGUCUUCCUCAACACCUCCCUCAGCGCCUCGGAGCACUACGACCAACCUGAUUGGCUGACCGGGGUACAGGACACGGCGAACAAGGUGCUGCUGUCGCUGUUCACGGUGGAGAUGCUGCUGAAGAUGUACAGCCUGGGCCUGGCCCACUACUUCGUGGCCUUCUUCAACCGCUUCGACUGCUUCGUGGUGUGCGGGGGCAUCAUGGAGACCAUCCUGGUGGAGCUGGGCAUCAUGCCCCCGCUGGGCAUCUCCGUGCUGCGCUGCGUGCGCCUGCUCAGGAUCUUCAAGGUCACCCGUCACUGGACAGCCCUGUCCAACCUGGUGGCGUCGCUCCUCAACUCCAUGAAGUCCAUCGCCUCGCUGCUGCUCCUCCUCUUCCUCUUCCUCAUCAUCUUCGCUCUGCUGGGCAUGCAGCUGUUUGGGGGGAAGUUUAACUUUGACGAGACGCAGACCAAACGCAGCACCUUCGACGCAUUCCCCCAGGCCCUGCUCACCUGCUUCCAGAUCCUGACCGGAGAGGACUGGAACAUGGUCAUGUACGACGGCAUCAUGGCGUACGGCGGCCCGGUGUUCCCCGGGAUGAUCGUCUGCGUUUACUUUGUCAUCCUCUUCAUCUGCGGAAACUACAUCCUACUGAACGUCUUCUUGGCCAUCGCUGUGGACAACCUGGCGGGAGGGGACACGGACAACAAGAAGAAAGAGGUCAAGAAAGAGGAGGGAGAGGAGAAGGAGGGUGAGGAGGUGAAGAUUGAUGUAGAUCUAGACACAGAGUAUGAGGAAGAGGAAGAACCCCCAGAAGAUACGGUCGCCCCGCUGAACAUAGCGGACCUGACUCCUCCUAAAGAGAAGGUCCUACCAAUCCCUGAGGGCAGCGCCUUCUUCUGCUUCAGCAAGACCAACCCUAUCCGCCGGGGCUGCCACGUCCUGAUCCACCACCACAUCUUCACCAACCUCAUCCUCGUCUUCAUCAUCCUCAGCAGCUGUUCAUUGGCUGCAGAGGAUCCAAUCAGAGCUCACUCCUUCAGGAACAACAUCCUGGGCUACGCUGACUACGCCUUCACCUCCAUCUUCACCGUGGAGAUCCUCCUCAAGAUGAUGGUCCACGGGGCGUUCCUCCAUCAGGGCUCCUUCUGUAGGAACUGGUUCAACCUGCUGGACCUGCUGGUGGUCAGCGUGUCCCUGGUCUCCUUCUUCCUACACUCCAGUGCCAUCUCAGUGGUGAAGAUCCUCAGAGUCCUGAGAGUCUUGAGGCCCCUGAGGGCCAUCAACCGGGCCAAGGGCCUCAAGCAUGUAGUCCAGUGUGUGUUCGUGGCCAUCAAGACCAUCGGGAACAUCAUGAUCGUCACCACGCUGCUGCAGUUCAUGUUCGCCUGCAUCGGAGUCCAGCUGUUUAAGGGGAAGUUCUUCCGCUGCACUGACGAGGCCAAACACACGCCAGAAGAGUGCAAGGGCUCCUUCGUGGUGUAUAAGGACGGCGAUGUGACCCACCCGAUGGUCAGGGAGAGGUUCUGGCUCAACAGCGACUUCAACUUCGACAACGUGCUGAUGGGCAUGAUGGCUCUGUUCACCGUGUCCACCUUCGAGGGCUGGCCCGCCCUGCUGUACAAGGCCAUCGAUGCGAACGGGGAGAACUCGGGUCCGAUCUACAACUACCGCGUGGAGAUCUCCAUCUUCUUCAUCGUCUACAUCAUCAUCAUCGCCUUCUUCAUGAUGAACAUCUUCGUGGGCUUCGUCAUCAUCACCUUCAGGGAGCAGGGGGAGCAGGAGUACAAGAACUGUGAGCUGGACAAGAACCAGCGGCAGUGCGUGGAGUACGCCCUGAAGGCCCAGCCCCUCAUGCUCUACAUCCCCAAGAACCCCGUCCAGUACAAGUUCUGGUCCAUCAUCAACUCCACCUGCUUCGAGUACGUCAUGUUCGUCCUCAUCCUGCUCAACACCGUCACACUGGCCAUACAGCAUUAUGAACAGUCCAAGGCCUUCAGCCACAUCAUGGACAUCCUGAACAUGGUGUUCACCGGGCUGUUCACCGUGGAGAUGCUGCUCAAACUCCUGGCUCUCAGACUCAGGCACUACUUCAUGGAUGCCUGGAACUCCUUUGACGCUCUGAUUGUUGUUGGCAGUGUAGUCGACAUUGUGGUCACAGAAUUCAGCAGCGGAGAAGACAGCUCCCGUGUGUCAAUCACUUUCUUUCGUCUGUUUCGAGUGAUGCGAUUGGUCAAGCUGCUCAGCAAAGGGGAGGGCAUUCGCACCCUUCUCUGGACCUUCAUCAAAUCACUGCAGGCACUGCCCUAUGUCGCUCUGCUCAUCGCUCUGAUCUUCUUCAUCUAUGCCGUCGUCGGCAUGCAGGUGUGCUACGGCGAGGCGUGGCAGGAGAUCAUGCUGUCCAGCCUCCCGGGGAAGCGCUGCGACCCGGAGUCGGACUACGCCCCCGGGGAGGAGUUCACCUGCGGCUCCUCCUUCGCCAUCGUCUACUUCAUCAGCUUCUUCAUGCUGUGUGCUUUCCUGCCCUUUGAUCAGAUGCUAUCAGACCAGAUCCUUCUGAAGACCCAGCCUCCAGCCCUACCAACACACUCUCCGGAUACAACCACCUAA